GGUUGUGUGGGCGAUGGCCUGCAAUUUGACUCGAGAGCGAUGAAAGGCGGGAGGGGGGCGUGGGAGGGCUGGGUAUACUCAAAGAUCACGUGAAGCGUGGCAAAUGGGAUUAGCUGCAAAGUAACGAAGAUUAAGAACUUUCGGGGGAUGUUCGAUGUGCCGGAUUCUCAGCGGUUAAACACCGGAUGGAGUCUAUGGAGCAAGGCGUUAUCGCCUCCCGAGCGCCGUGCGACACGAGUCCGAUAGUCGUCAUCUCUCUAUUUUCAAAAGCUCUGUGGGAUCAGGGAACACUGACGUGGCACAAGGGUGUAGGGCUCAUGUAUCGGGAUGAUGCUUGCUCGGAUUCAGAUCCAUCAUAGAGCCCGAACUAGUACCAUCAGCAUGGGUAAUGCUCGGUGGCGGCCGGACGUCCGAACGUCAGUAGAUGAAACACUGACUCGCCCUUAUGAGCAAAGUAGUUCGUCGCGAGGGGAACCUCAGGCCUGCGCUUCAUCUCCUCCUCUUCAAGAGGUGGAACUCCCCCAACCACCCAGCGACACCUUUCCUAUACGCCCAAACCACAAUUCGUUAUGAUGAACGCGACGAUGACCAUGAUACCCAUGCCUGAGAUGAUCGACGUGGCGAGUGCAUCCACGUUGCAGCCUCGCAGCAUGAUUCUGAGAUCGGAGCAGACAAGUUACAGAAGUGCGCGCGCGGCACCGCCGCCCAUCCCGCCUCGCGGCGGCGAGGUCACCUACGGAACGGUUUACGUAGCGCGGCGCCGGCCCGCAACACACGUAUUCGUAGCCAGAAGGGUGCGUCUGUCGAGCAUGUCGGGGAGGAUCGUGCCGGUGCCCG